ACUGGGCUGUUGAAUUGCAUGCUGCGCACGAGCUCAGCGCUCGCGCGCUCUUCUUCUUCCUCCUGUAUUAUUAUUAUUAUUCUUUAAACUGAACCGAGCUUCAACUUUGCAGCGGAGCAGAAACUGUGAACCGAAUCAGCACCGAGAGCUGCAGCGGAAAGCCACUAAAGCUCUCUGCACAGCGCUAAGCGGAAGCGAGUUGACAGCUAAAGGAGAUAUAUAAACAAACAAACAAACAAACAAACAAAAACAGAGAGAGCGAGAAUGAGCGCAGAGCGCGAGCGCAGCAUCCGGUCCACUGAGUGAAUCAAUCGGCUCAGGCGCGCGCUGCUGAAACUGCGAACCGAUUCAGGAGUCGGUUCAGUGAACUGAGCACACUCCAUAGGGUUCAGAAGAUUAAAAACAAGAGGGGCCAAUAUUUCUGGAAAUUGGAGCAGUCCAGAGCACGGAUCCCUGGUCCUCUUGAAAACAGCGGUCUGGAGUUCGCUUCAAAUGAACUGUGACACCGUCUCCAUCAGGUGUUCCUCCAUUCUAGAGUGACGAGGUCGAGCCAGAUGCCUUUGGUGUGAGACGGUGAGCUGGAGGGCGGGCGGUUGAGGAAACCCUCCCACAAACCCUUUCCACUCAGCCUCUGAGCUCCUCCCUGAGCCUCGUCUCCAUGGCGAUGAGCAGCGACCCCGGUUACAUGGGGCCAGACCUCGACCCUGACUCCUCCUCGUCCACCUCUUCAUCUCCAACACCUCUGUCUGCCAAGAUGGCUGCCAUCACCAUAACCGACCCCUUCAACCACGGGCUGAGAAAUGGGGCAGGGCAUAAAAGGCCUCCACACCAAAGGCCACACCUCUCUGGCAGAAAGAUGUCACUACAGGAGAGAGGGACAUACCUGUCAGCAGGGGGCGGAGCCGAGCGCAUCUCUCACAUUUCACCCCGCGCUCCACGACGGCCAACUAUCGAGUCCAAGCGGGUGUCCAUUUCAGACUCGCAGGACUGUAUCCAGCUUAACCAGUACAAACUGAAGAGUGAAAUCGGGAAGGGUUCUUAUGGCGUGGUCAAACUGGCCUACAAUGAGGAUGACGAAAAGUAUUAUGCAAUGAAAGUGGUAUCAAAGAAAAAGCUGAUGAAACAGUGUGGAUUUCCACGUCGUCCUCCUCCUCGAGGCCCUAAAGCAGCUUUGGGAGAACAGCCGAAAGUACUUGGGCCCCUUGAGAGGGUUUAUCAAGAGAUCGCCAUCCUAAAGAAGCUGGAUCACCUGAAUAUAGUCAAACUGGUAGAGGUGCUGGAUGACCCAGCCGAGGACAAUCUGCACAUGGUGUUUGAGCUAAUGCAGAAAGGCCCAGUGAUGGAGGUGCCAACAGACAACCCUUUCACUGAGGAGCAGGCCCGUCGCUACUUCAGAGAUAUUGUCCUGGGCAUCGAGUACUUGCACUAUCAGAAGAUCGUCCACCGGGACAUCAAGCCGUCGAAUCUGUUGCUUGGAGAUGAUGGCCAUGUCAAGAUUGCUGAUUUUGGUGUCAGUAACCAGUUUGAGGGUAACGAUGCCUUGCUGUCGAGCACAGCAGGGACGCCGGCUUUCAUGGCCCCAGAGACUCUGUCUGACAACCGCAAGAGCUUCAGCGGAAAGGCUCUUGAUGUGUGGGCAAUGGGAGUGACACUUUACUGCUUUGUCUUUGGAAAGUGUCCUUUUAUCGAUGAGUACAUCCUGGCGCUGCAUAACAAAAUCAGGAGCAAGCCUGUGGAGUUCCCCGAGACGCCAGCUAUCAGUGAAGGCCUGAAGAAUCUGAUCCUGAAAAUGCUGGACAAGAACCCUGACACCAGGAUAACCAUUCCUCAGAUUAAGUUGGACCCCUGGGUCACGCAGGAUGGCACUGACCCGUUGCCUUUAGAAGAAGAACAUUGCACCGUGGUUGAAGUCACAGAAGAGGAGAUUCAGAACUCGGUCAAGUUCGUUCCCAGCCUGUCUGCUGUGAUCCUGGUGAAGGCCAUGUUGCGGAAGCGCUCUUUCGGGAACCCUUUUGAGUGUCCCAGUAGGAGAGAAGAAAGGUCCAUGUCUGCCCCAGGCAGUCUGCUCAUAAAAGGUAGCAGUGGCGAAGCUGGACGAGAGGUGGAGCUUGAGGACCUGCACGAAGAUGAACCGCCUUCUUCUGAUGAUCACUCAUAAGUGUAUGCACUGACCCUGCCAUAAGCUCCGCCCUUUACUUAUUCCUAUUGUAGAGGCAGACUCGAAUCGUACUUCUCACAUCAACACAACCUUCAUAAAAGCUAAAGAAACACCACAAUUUGCAAGCUGUUCGACCAUAUACUUACUCCUAACUGCUUUCUAAUUCUGUAAUGAAGUGUCUUAUUCCAAAGCCUUUCGACGCUGGUGGUUUGACUUGAUCUACCCUACGUGUAAUUGACGCAUCGAUCCUACCUUUUUUCUGGAUACUCCUCCUCCUCCUCCUCCUCCUUCUCCUCUUGCCACUCCAACUGCAAUGCUGUACAGAGGAAACCUCUUGUACGGUAUGGAGAGAACUCCAGGGUAUGAAGAAACCUUCAAGUACAUCCCGUAUCAUUUUAUAUUUAGGCUUCGGAGACGUUUAACAGAAGCUUCUUUCCGUCGUGUGGCUUUUUUUCCCCCCUUCAUGCUCUUACCAUGCGCCCUAUCCUUCAUGAAUCGAAAUUGAAAUUUUCAUUACAUUGAGAUUUGACUGAUGAUGUAGAGUUGAACGACAAACUUACGGUAUGUUAAGCUUAUUUAAAACUCGUUAACACCAUGGAUGGACAGCCGGAAGACUCGGAACUCGUUUUAAGGAACAUCCUACUAGAAAGUACACAAGUGAAAGAAGGGAUGAGCAGCAUUUUGUACAUAUGUAAUGUGAUAUCGAUGUUGUACUGCCUUGUUAUGCUUUGCAUACUGUAAUAUUUAUGGUACACAUGGCCAGUUUUGGACUGCUUGCCAUUUUGGUACACACACACAUGUACAUGCAAACACAGACAAAUGAAAGAUUGUGUUUUUUUUAUUCAAGUGGGCAAAACUCCGCCACUAUGAGAGGGCUAUGAUAUUUCCACACAAGCACAUGUUUCAGAAUAGGGCUAACAUGCAAAUGUUAGAGGGCUCCUCAUUUGAAAUGCACACACACCCACACUCGCACCUAUAGCUUGAAAUCACUAGCACACUGGAUGAGAGCGAAUGUUGCAAAUCCUCCACUGUAGUAACACACAAACCAUAUCCUGUGUCAGUGUGCUAUUGUCUCUCUGCAGGAGCAGAAUGUGUCAUCGUUUACCGAGGCUUGCCACUCGCAGCAGCUUAUUUGUCAGUGAGAUGCUGACAAGAGACGCCAGGCAGUUUAUCUGUCAUAAACACAUACGUAAACAUAAUCACAAGUCACCGAGUGUGUGCGUGUGUGUUUGGGUAGAAAGCAAAAGGAUCUCUCUCGCUCAGCAAUCCGAAUGCAUCAUGAUGAUUAGCGUCAAGCCCAGCACAUCGCCUGUUAUUCAACAUGUACCACCCCUCCCCCCACCUUUGUCCUGGAUUACAUUCAUAACAACAUGCACACUCGGUCAGGGAGAUGAAAUUGUUUUAACAGGACCUGCAGUGUGCUGAUAAUCAAACGUUUUUAAAUCGGUCGCCAUUUAACUUGGAUUUAAUGCGGUUAAGAAGCGAUAAUUCCGUUUCUGAUCAAAUGAAUAUUGCAGUGAUGUCUCUUGAUGGUGCCAAUUAUAAUAACUGCUAAUUAAACAUCAUGCAUGUUUUCACAACAUGAUUUGAUCUAUUAUAAACUGUUAGAUUUCUGCAUAAUUAAAAGCAGUCGAUUCAUCUCGUAAUAUUAUGUGGAGUGGGGGAUUUGUCAAGCUUUCGGUAGGACCCCUUCCAAAGUGAUGAUGGCAUCAGGGCAAUGUGUAACCACACAUUUAUUUAUUCGUUAGUUAUUUAUGGGCACCAUUAGUAACCGCGCUUGUCCUAGAUUUACUAAAAUUGUAGAUUUAGACUCGGAAGGUUAUGAGUCUGAAUGUCACCUGAGAAAGAUGCUUAAAGGAAAAAUCCACCUUGAACACCUUGUAUAUUAAUCUUAAUAAAGAGCGUUUCAUCUUUAAUGCCAACCAACAUUUAAUAUGUAAUGUCUUUUGUCAGAUAAGGUAGGCUGCAGACGGAUGUAAUCGAAGGAAGGUUUAUUUACAGGCAAACACAGCACAAUAGCAUCAGGCAAUAGCAGGGUCGAAGUCCCCUCAGAGCUCCGCUCUGGGUCAGGAAGGACGUGGCACCAGAAACUGGGCUUAGGCGGAGUCUUGGGUUCCAGUUGGGCUUUGGAUGAGAGCGUAGACACAGGUGGAGACUUUGGUUCAGGCUUGGACUCGGACAUGGGCAUGAGGAUGGUCAGAGGCUCAGGCGUAAACCUGAGCGUGGAUUCUGGCAUAGACAUGAGCUUGAGAAUGGACAUGGGAUCAAGCAUAGAUUUGGAUAUGGACAUGGGCUCAGGCAUAGACAUGGGCAUAAACAUGGGCUCCAGUAUAGCUUCGGGCAUGGGCUCAGGCCUAGACAUGGGCUUGAGUAUGGGUAUGAACCCUGACAUCGGCAUGGACUUGAACAUGGACUAAGGCAUCAGCAUGGGCAUGGACUCAGGCAUGGACUUGAGCAUGGACAUGGACUCGGGCGUGGACCUGGACUUGAACAUGAGCAUGGACCCUGGCAUUGUCAUGGGCUUGGAUGCAGACAUGGGCUUGGACAUGGGCUCUGGUGUUAGUGCAGGCAUGAACUUGGACAUGAGCCUUGAUUCAGGCCUGGACUUGGACAGGUCUAGGCUUUGUUUGAGUGACAGUGUCCUCGCUGAAGCCAGGCAGUGGGGUGACAGUCUCAUCCCUGCUGAAGCAAGGCGGUGGAAUGACGUUAUCUUCGAAGCUAAGGGGAGGAGUGAAAAGCUCGUCCUCACUGAAACCUGGACCGAAGGCCUCCCCAUCUGCUGCUGUGUUAGCCUUACAGGCACCCCGCCCCCCCCAAAAAAAAAUUUUGGAGGUCGUUCCGUCUCUGCCUUUGUUUUGACAUGGUGUUGCUCAGUGUGCUUGCUCUUUCCCACUACAUCCAUGGUGUAGGUGAAGUAUUCUGUCAGCUAAGGUGGGCUACAAAUGGAUGUUAUCGCAGGAAGGUUUAUUUCCAGGCUUAUCUUAUAAAUUGCUAACUAGCUGAGUAGAGUUUCCUCCGUACCUUAGCUGUAUGCAUUGUGAAAUUUAACUCCAACAUUUACUGUCCCCAUUACACUGGAUUUCUCAGUAAUAUGACAUUUGAACCCUUAUGCAAAAUUCUGAGUGAGAAUAUAUGGCCCUGGUCACACUAUUGGUCCCACUCCAAAAAAAUGUUAUGUCUAAGCUCCUAUUAGAUCAUGUUAGAUAUUGUAUCACCAAAAGCACGUGUCUUAAUAGUGUUUAUAUACAGUAGGACUAGCUUGGAUGGCAUAGUGUUUUGUUUUUUUUCUUUUUCCUGAUCUAUUUCCAGGUGAUCAGUCACCCAAAGCCUCCCAUUUGGCCAUAUACCGUGUUGCAUGCAGAUAUAGGACCAGAUAGGAACUGUUCAUAGUUUUUGCCUGUUUGGCAUAGCCUUUAAAUUUCUUGUUGAUUGGACUACUAACAGUUGAUGGUUUAAAAUUCAAGCUGCAUGUUGAAUGUCAGUCUCACCAGAUGCAAUGCAAACCCAUGGUUCCGCAUGUGACAUUUUUCGCUGUUGUGUCCCAACAGGUAAAACUGGAGUCAUUCAGAAUGCUCUCUGAGAAGGCUGAGUCUAACACAUACAGUAUAAGUGUAAUACACAGACUUCUGAAACACUGAGAGUUUUAAGUUGCGCCAUUUGGCCGAAGUUCAUUCGACUAUUUUCUGUAAACAUUUAUCUCACAUACGGAAUUUCAGUUGCCUCUGUAAACGGCGUUUCGAUUCUGCUGAAAUUUUCAAGUUUUGCCACAAAGAACGUGUGUUAUCUUGCUUGGAUCUACGGAAGCCGAGAGAGACCCUUCAUAUAAUCCU